AUAGCGCCGCCAUAGGACUUUGUUCGAGCGUUGGGUUGCAGGGCUUAUGUUCUCCUUCGUCAAGCAUGAAGCUUUCCGGAGCAUGACGGCAAAAUCAACCGUCACCCUUGUCUUCAAACAAUUUCCCCCUUACAAUUUCAAGCUUCAUCCCUUCAAUUUCUCGACCCAAAAUCUUCAAAAUCGGGAAAGUUUUGACUCUGCUAGAACCCAGAAAAGCAGUAAGUUUCUUGUCUACUGCAACUCCCAGAUCACAAAACUUGGAAGGAAUGGGUGUAUUGAGGAAGCCGAGUCCAUUUUCAAUCGCAUGCCUCAUAAAAGCACCGUCUCCUGGACUGCUAUGCUCACUGCAUACGCUGAAAACGGCGAAACUAAUAAAGCCCAGGAAGUGUUCGACAAAAUGCCGGACCGCAGUAUUGCAUCCUACAAUGCGAUGAUUACGGCUUAUCAUCGGAGGAACAUGGUAAAUGAGGCUUUUGAGUUGUUUUCUAGCAUGCCUCAGCGUAAUUCUGUUUCCUAUGCUACCAUGAUCACUGGGUUUGUGCGUGUUGGAAUGUUUGAGAUGGCUGAAAAGUUGCAUUGGGAAAAUCCGGGUAUGGUGUCGUCUAAUGUGUUAAUCAAUGGGUAUUUGAAGGCGAGGAGAAUAGAAGAUGCGGUUCGGAUCUUUGAUGGCAUGGAAGAAAAAGGUGUGGUUUCUUGGAGCUCCAUGAUUGAUGGGCUCUGCAAAGUUGGGAAGAUUGUUGAUGCUAGAAAGCUGUUUGACAAAAUGCCUGAAAGAAAUGUGGUCACUUGGACAACAAUGAUUAAUGGGUAUAUGAAGAUGGGAAAUUUUAAAGAUGGUUUCACAUUGUUUCUAAAUAUGAGAAGGGAAAGGGUGGGAGUCAAUGCAACUACCUUGACUGUUUUGUUUGAAGCCUGUGGUUGUUUGGAUCGAUAUAGAGAAGGAAUUCAGAUCCAUGGAUUGGUUCUGUCCUUGGGGCUCGACUUCGAUGCUUAUCUAGCCAAUUCUAUGAUCGCGAUGUAUUCUAGAUGUCAUUCUAUUUAUGCAGCUGCUACAAUAUUUGAUUUAAUGGUUCAGAAAGAUAUAGUUACAUGGAAUUCUUUGAUUGCAGGUUAUGUUCAAUCCGGGGACAUCGAAAAAGCUUUCUUGCUAUUCGAGAAUAUGCCACAAAAGGACGUCGUUUCAUGGACAACUUUGAUUUCUGGAUUUGCCAGCAAGGGGAUGAUUGAUAAAUCCAUUGGUUUGUUUCAAAUGAUGCCUGAGAAGGAUGAUAUUGCUUGGACUGCUGUAAUUUCAGGGCUCGUGAGCAAUGAGGAAUAUGAGACAGCUUUCCAUUGGUUUAUUGAGAUGCUUCAGAAAGCAAUCAAGCCAAAUCCACUCACUUUGAGCUGUGUCCUUAGUGCUGCCGCAGGUGUAGCAAUAUUAAGCCAAGGGUUGCAGUUCCAUGCACUUGUGACAAAGUUGAGUAUGGAAUAUGAUUUAUCAAUCCAAAACUCUCUAGUUUCUAUGUAUUCAAAGUGUGGAAAUGUGGGUGAUGCAUUGAGGAUGUUCUAUUAUAUUGAGGCUCCUAAUGUUGUUACUUACAAUUCCAUUAUCACUGGGCUAGCUCAGAAUGGACUUGGGAAAGAAUCACUGAAGUUAUUCACGAAAAUGCAGGAUGAAUACCUGGAACCUAAUCAGAUCACGUUUCUAGGCGUUCUUUCGGCAUGCGUUCAUGUGGGAUUUGUGGAAGAGGGAUGGAGAUUCUUUAAUCUAAUGAGUUCAUUGUAUAAUAUUCAACCUCAGGUAGAUCACUAUGCGUGCAUGGUUGAUCUUCUUUGUCGAGCUGGGAGGUUCAAUGAAGCAGUUGAUUUGAUUUCUUUAAUGCCAUUUGAUCCUCACGAGGGUGUUUGGGGAGCAAUGCUUGGAGCCAGCUGGACCCAUCUGCGUCUUGAUGUUGCAGAGCUUGCAGCUCAUAAUCUCUUUGAACUGGAACCUAAUAGUGCAACACCUUACGUGAUUUUAUCUAAUUUACACGCUGUUUCAGGUGAUAAGCGGAAAGAUGAGGUUAUAAGGUCGAUGAAGAUAUCGAAAGGGAUAAAGAAGAGUCCAGGUUGUAGUUGGAUAAUAGUUAAGGAUAAAAUCCAUCUGUUCUAUGCAGGGGAUCGAUCCCACAAAGACAUCAAAGAGAUGACGGAAAUUAUACACGCACUGGCAGAAGAAAUAGGAGAUUCGAUCCGACUUAGAGAGACGACUUGAGAUUUUCUCGGUUGUUGAUUGGGGUUUUGAUAGGGGUUGGACGGCUCCUGGAACUGACGAAAAAUAAGAAGAGAAUGAGAGCAAAAGAGAGAAAAGGAAAGAGACCGUAAAGUCCAAUAUUUGAAGGGAGAGGAAAAGAAAGAAGUCGAAGACAGAGUUUACCGUUCUUUAGGUCAGUCGAAUUAAUUUUGAGUCUUUCCUUGUUUACGAGGUUUAGGAGAAAAACUAAAGCCGUCGUUACAAGCUAAAGCUGCACCUAUAGAAAAUUUGUAACUCUAAUAGUUCAAUAUUUCCACCUCCUGAAUGUUCCUAUCGGCAGCCAAACGAAGACAAGACCGUUUGAAGUGGUUCGAAGUGCCUCAGGGGAUGGGGAUCGAGGUGUGGAACGAAGACAGGACCCUUUGAAGUGGUUCAAAGGGCCUUAGGAGAUGGGGAUCGGGGUGUGGAACAAAUACAAGACCGUUUGAAGUGGUUCGAAGUGCCUCAGGGGAUGGGGAUCAGGGUGUGGAACAAAGACAAGACCAUUUAAAGUGGUUCGAAGUGCCUCCAGAAAUGGGGAUCGAGGUGUAGUAGCUAUAGCAGCAGCUGCUACACCCAAAAUGAGCAUCACCGCACGUCGGGGGCGAGCUUGAAGCAUUAGUUGUCUUUGCAGGUCUUGUUGUUUCCUUCCUUUUAGAGCCCCGAUUUGAACAUUAAAACCAGCACCAAUCAGAUGGCCCAAAACAAAAAAUGGUU